AUGAGUCGCGCCGGCAAGAUUGCCCCCGAGCAGCUUCCAAUCUUGUUCGUGAAGAAUCUAAACUACGAGGUAUCGUCUGACGCGCUUUGGAAACUCUUUGAUCCCGGCGAGGACGGACUCAUCCGUCAAAUCCGACAGGGAAUCUCGGUCGAUGCAAAGGGAACUGCAUAUGUCGUCUUCUGGAACGUCAUGGAUGCGAAGAACGCCCUCGAGAAGCUAAAUGGCUACAACUUCCAGAACCGUUAUCUCGUCGUGCUAUGGCACCAGCCAGAGAAGACCCUCAAGUCGAAAGACGACCUCCAGGCCCGCAAGGACAAUUUAGCGCAGCUCAAGAUGAAGCAUGGAAUCGAUUGA